AUGGAGGGAACUGAUCCUCUACAAAGGACACCUGCUCAACGGAAACGGAAAUUGACAGCUAGAUUGACCGACGCUACUGAGCGAGAAGAGUUGGAGGUUGCAAAUAGCGGCAAGCCUGUUGCCUUCACCUCCACCAGCGAAUUGCGAGAGUGGCCUCUUAAAGUUGUUCAGUCCCUCUGUGGGCAGGACACGUGCGGAGAUCAGGAGUUAAGCCUGCGCCUGAAACAGCAUUUUCUUCGUGGCGUUGUCCUCAACACCGACUACAGUGGCAUUGAUUGCCCGAGAGAGGCUUUAGAGUUGGCUGAGAGGUCUCUCUACACCUUGCAUGGUGUUCAGUGUGUCGAUGCCAAGUCAGCUGUGUCUGUGGGAAGGACUUGUGACAAGGGAACCCUUCAGAAGAAGGUUCAAGUUGCUUUGUCCCACACGUUUGAGGAGAGCCGGCGGUGCCAUUUUGAAGAUUUGCUAGACCGCUUGCCCGAAACAGGGCGAGAGUGGAUCCGAGCUGCAACUGCAGAGAAGACAGCUUCCAAGGCGGUUCGAGCCGCAGCCUUUUCCAACAUCUCCAAGUGGGUUAUGGAGAAUCGGUCCUGGUUGUUCAGCAUGGAAGCAGUUAGCUGGUGCGCUGUCCACCAAAGGAAUUGCAAGGUGCAUCAAUCUUUGCUCUCUUCAAAGCCAGACUCGGAGUCAGACACGGAGAGCCGCACGCGAAUCAACACAGCAGGGGUGACUUGCCACGCAUGGAGCUCUGAAGGAAAAGGGGAGGGAGCUGCCCAUGAGUCUGAAAUCCCGUUGGCAGUUUGGCUGGGCGAAACCAUGUACCUUUUUGAGCAGGGAGCUCAAGAUGUUGUCUUCCUGGAAUGCACCCCUAGGUUUCCUGCCCAGGAUCGUUUGGAGAGCAUCUUUUCCAAAAUUGCCCAUGUAUUCUCUUGGCAUGAUGGGCCAGAGCUUCAUGGAUGGCCCCAUCGAAGACUCAGAGUCUUGGCUGCUUUGAUUUCGAAGGAGACAAUGGAAUGGCUCGGCUCUCCUUCUUUGACUGACUUGCAAGCGGAUUACAAAGAGAGAUUCCACCGCCAAAUGGGUGCAGAUGGAUCCAUCCUACUGCAGGCCUCUUUCGAAGACCGAGUUCAAGAGAUGCACGCUUUAGCGCAACUUCGCAAGAACAACGUUUCUCUUGAAGAGAUGGGAAAUGUCAUGGCAGACCCCGAUCGUGGCAAGGAGGUGGCACGCUUGACCUUGCCUCCAGGUGGCAUCGACCGGUUGGCUCAGUGGGAGCAGGAGUUCAAAGACAGGAGGGCUUCCGACCAGAGCUUGUCUGCUUUUCUCUGCGAUGUUGAUCAUUCUGUGAAUACCAAAGGGCCAGCUGGGAGCCGGCUGUGGCCGACACAGCUGACACAUGGGACUGUCAUUGCUUUCAAGACCAAUGAAGAUGGAGAGGUGUCUUGGCGGAUGGCCACUGCUAUGGAGCAUCUGGCGGCGCUUGGAUGGAAUGUUUUUGCGCCCUCUGAUGCCUUCCCACUGUGCAACCUGAAGUUCGCGAUUGAACACCUCCGAUUGACUCCAGGGCAAGUGAAGACCUUGACAGGAAACUCCAUGCACUUGCUCACACAAAUGUCCUUCAUGCUCUACAUUCUUGCCCAGUGCGGAAGAAAGGUGGCCCAUCGUUCCAACCCACCUGCUCGAGUGAGCUCGUGGGACGAGUUCAGUUAG